UUUGUACGUCAAUAUGUGCAAUCUGUUCCAGGGCGGAGUCUACAUUUUCCAGUUGGUUGACUGGUAUGUCGGGGCAGUGGCAAGUUAUGUUAUUGCUAUUCUAGAGUGUCUGGCUGUUGGCUGGUGUUACGGUGCUGAACGUUUCUCAGCUGAUGUGGAAAUGAUGACUGGGAAACGUCUUCCUGUAAUCUACAAAGUGUCCUGUUUCAUCAUUACCCCUGUUGUAAUGUCUGCUGCUUUGGUAUUGACACUGGCGUCCUACACUCCUCCAAGAUACGGAGGGUACGAGUAUCCGCAGACUGCCAUCGUCUUCGGCUGGAUCAUUGCCCUGGGGUCAGUUGUCCCCGUUCCAGUAAACAUGGCAAUACAAAUCCUCAACAUGGAAGGUUCCCUGUCUCAGCGUUUGAAGGCUUCCACGUCCCCCUCGACAUCAUGGCUAAAAUCAAGACGUCGACAUGGAGUGGAUGAUAAACAUGAGUCCACAUCUGUGACAGACAACUUCUUGUUUAUAAUUGGUCGAUGA